GUACCCGACGCCGACGUAUAUGUCGCCUGGCCUUGGACCAACGAAACCGACUCGAUCGUGAGGGCAUACGCCGACUACAACCGCGCCGGCAUCAUGAGACAGAGCGACUCGGGUGAGAUCGUGUCGCCACUCCCGCCGCAACACAUCUUGCGCUUUUACCAGGCCUACAUGGUUUCGUGGUCAGUACAGAAUGCCCUGCCCGUGCCGCGGACGCUCAGCGUUAGCCUCGCCGCGACGCAGCUUUCGACGGCAUUCCUCGCCGUCGCUAUCUUGGUCGCCGUCUGCAUCGCCACCACGCUGGUGCGCUAUGCGCUCUUCCGCCGCAGCCACAGUGCCGAUAUUGAAGCCUCCCAGGUCCCCGACGCCAAGCUUGACUGGAUGAUCCAUGCUUUCAAGAACUCCAAGCACGUCGGCGAGGUGGACUUGGCCUUUCCCGACCGCGACCUCUUCAGGACCGCCGCUUACGAGACCGUCAGAGCCCCGGUGGCCGUUCGAGGACUGGCCCGGGUGUAUUCGAAUAGGCCGUCCGAU